CCCCAACCAGCAUGGCGAAGAUAACUAUACUCGGCGCUGGCAUAACCGGCCUUGCCAUCGCACACGAGCUCACCAGCCGCGGCCACGCCGUUACAAUAAUCGCGCGCGACCUCCCCACACCACGCAUGGACCUCGCCCAUGCGACACAAGGAUGGGCAAGUCCCUGGGCUGGCGCCUGCUUCCUGGGCCUCGACGGCGCGACGCCGCACGAGCAGGGCAUGCAACGCGAGGCAUUUCACACGCUCUGGACUCUCGCGGAAACGAACCCAGAGUCCAGUGUGCGCCGCAUCGAGAUGCAUGACCUGCAGGACACUACGCCGCUGGAGCAAAUCUGGUACCGAGACCUGAUGCCGGAAUUUCGGGUGAUGGCGCCUGCGGAGCUGCCAAGCGGGUGUCGGCUAGGCAUGGCGUAUAUGUCUGUGGUGCUGAACCCGGUCGUGUUCCUGCCGUGGCUGAGAAAAAAGCUGGAGAAGGCUGGGGUGCGGUUUGUAAAGAGGGAGGUUGGGUCGCUGGAGGAGCUGAAAGGACAGGGCCAUAAUGUCCUUGUUAAUGCGACAGGCUGGGGCGCGAAGUUCUUGGGUGGAGUGGUCGAUGCUGCAGUGCAACAGAUCCGUGGACAGACGCUUCUUGUGAAGACGUCGUACGGCAAAAUUUUUAUGCGGCAUGGUAAGGAUUAUACGUACUGCAUUCCGCGCUUGGACGGUACGGCUGUGCUGGGUGGGAUCAAGCAGGUUGGAAACACUGAUCCGCGGGUGGACGAGAACUUGAAGAUGGAUAUCUGUAACCGUGUAAGCGCCAACCUACCAUACAUAUUCUCGACAUUCCCAGCGGACUUCGAGCUGGUACGAGACAAUGUGGGAAUAAGACCUGGAAGAGAAGGGGGCGUGAGAGUUGAGAAAGACGUCAUAGAUAGCCAGAAAGUUGUCCACGCAUAUGCUGACAUGAUUGGUCCAGGCGUUGGUGGUGGUGGCUACUGCUUUAGUUUCGGUGUGGGCAAGGUCGUGGGUGAUCUCGUGGGUGAAAUACUUUCAGCUUCUCCGCAGGUGAAGUUGUGA